CGUAUAACCUUUUUUCGGGGGUAAAAAUUCAAUCCCCUCCGUGAAGAACAAUAUCGCCUCGGGCUGCAAAUGAUAAUCAAAUAGUUUUACUGUAAAUGGAGAAUACGGGAAUUCUGAAGGAGUGGUUCGAUCGAGUUGAUUCGGAGAAGUCUGGAAGCAUCAUAGCUUCUCAGCUUCAGAAUGCUCUGGCGGUUGGAAACCUCAACUUUCCUCUCUCAAUUGUGCAGCAAAUGAUCAGGAUGUAUGAUUUUGAUAGAAAUGGAACUAUGAGCUUCGAAGAGUUUGUAGCUCUCAACAAGUUCCUGAUUAAGCUUCAGCAAGCCUUCUCUGACUUGGAAAGAGGUCGUGGUUAUCUAGUCCCAGAGGAUGUAUACGAGGCAUUGGUUAAGAUUGGCUUCACGCUAGACUCUCCGGCAUUUUAUACUGUCUGCGAGAGCUUUGAUCAGAAGAAGAAUGGGAGAUUUCGGCUUGACGACUUCAUAUCUCUCUGUAUAUUUGUUCAAUCAGCUAGGAAUUUGUUUAAUUCCUUUGAUACAGCAAAACAAGGCAGGGUGACUCUAGAUCUCAACCAAUUUGUCUAUUGCACUGCUAAUUGCAGAAUAUGAAAGUGUAAAUAUUUUGGACGAAGAGGGGACAGCAUAGCAUACUGCAGAAACUGUUCGUGCAACCUGUGGAUUUAGAAUGGUAGGAUAUGAACUGUAAACUUACUUUUCUGUAGCAUAAUCUAUCUUGCUUGUUUAUCUGUUGGUUUGGAUCCUUGUCUUCGACUUCGAUGCUGUUAAAGGCUUUAUGUGAUUGGAAAACUAGUAAUUGAGUUCUAUUCACAUACCAUAUAGCCCGUACGUAUAUUUUCUUGUAGCCAUUCAGUUAUAUGAUUAGUCAAUAUAUCGGUUUAUUUUGUUAGUUUCA